GGUUACAACGCAACAUAGUACAGCAGAAAACAUCACCAUCUGUACAAAUGCAUCUAACUCUUACUGCGCUACUAUUCUAUUGAAAGAAAGAAAGAAAGAAAGAAAGAAAGAAAGAAAGAAAGAAAGAAAGAAAGAAAGAAAGAAAAAGAAGAAUUUCCCGCUGAACUACGGAACGUUCGUCGUCGCUGGUGUUUCUGACGGACUGUUUACAUAGUUACAACACAGGAUACCACAGCGGAAACCCCAAUAAUGUGUUGUUGUGUGUUGUAGCAAGCGUUUAAAUUUCGGCUGCUACGGUUACGUUAAAAUAUAUUAUUCGCGAAUAUAUAAAUCCUAAAAUUGAUGAAUAAACCGGAACCAUGUUCGCGGGGCUGCCUGAGCUCGGGAUAUCAAACGGCGAGGACCUCAAAGAAACUCUCACCAACUGCACAGAGCCUCUGAAAGCCAUUGAUCAGUUUCAGAUGGAAAAUGGCAUCCUGCUGCCAACACUCCAGUCUGCUCUUCCCUUCCUCGACCUCCAUGGGACCCCUCGGCUGGAGUUUCACCAGUCUGUCUUUGAUGAGCUUCGAGAUAAGCUGAUGGAGCGCGUCGCCACCAUCGCAGAGGGCAAGGACGAGGACAGAUAUGGGAAACUUGAAGAGCUGCUGGAGAAGAGCUUUCCACUUGUUAAAAUGCCGUCCAUUCAGCCAGUGGUAAUGCAGGUGCUGAAGCAUCUACCCAAGGUGCCAGAGAAGAAACUGAAGAUGGUGAUGGCUGACAAAGAGCUGUACAAGGUGUGUGCUGUGGAGGUGAAGAGGCAGAUCUGGCAGGACAACCAGGCUCUGUUUGGAGAUGAAGUCUCUCCACUCUUAAAGCAGUACAUUGUUGAGAAGGAAGCCGCACUGUUCAGCAGUGACCUCUCCAUCCUGCACAAUUUCUUCAGUCCUUCUCCUAAAACACGGCGUCAAGGCGAGGUGGUUCUGAAGCUGACCCAGAUGAUCGGAAAGAAUGUGAAGCUGUAUGACAUGGUGCUGCAGUUUUUACGGACACUCUUCCUGCGAACGCGAAACGUUCACUACUGCACUCUGAGAGCAGAGCUGCUGAUGUCUCUACACGACCUGGACAUCAGUGAGAUCUGCUCUGUUGACCCCUGCCAUAAGUUCACUUGGUGUUUAGAUGCCUGCAUCAGGGAGAAGUUUGUGGACGGCAAGCGAGCCAGAGAGCUACAAGGUUUCCUGGAUGGAGUGAAGAAAGGACAAGAGCAAGUCCUUGGGGACCUGUCCAUGAUCCUGUGUGACCCUUUUGCCUGUAACACCCUGGUCUUGAGUAUCAUGAGAAACCUGCAAGAGCUGCUGAGUCAGGAUGCUUUACCCAGGGACAGUCCAGACCUGAUGCUGCUGCUGAGAAUGCUGUCACUGGGUCAAGGAGCGUGGGACAUGAUAGACAGCCAGGUCUUCAAGGAACCUCGUUUGGACUCAGAGGUGGUGACGCGCUUCCUGCCUGCAAUGAUGUCCGUGGUUGUUGACGAUCACACAUUCACGGUAGAACAGAAGCUACCCAGUGAAGAGAAGAGCUCGCUGUCGUACCCCACCACCCUGCCAGAUGCCUUCAACAGGUACCUGCAGGAGAACAGAGUGGCCUGUGAAAUGGGUCUCUACUACGUCCUCCAUAUUGCCAAACUGAGGAACAAGAAUGCCUUACAGAGGUUAAUCCCCACUCUGGUGGAGACCUACAACGACAUGGCCUUCAGUGACAUCUUCCUGCACCUGCUAACGGGGCACCUCACCCUUCUCUCCGAUGAAUUUGGAACGGAAGAGUUUUGCUCAGUUGUUUUUGAUGGCUUCCUCCUUACGUCUUUCUCCAGCAAAGAGAAUGUCCACAGACACAGCCUCAGGAUGUUGCUGCAUUUACACCACAAAGUCCUGCCGUCAUACAUGGAAACCUUAAUGAAAACUCUUGAACCUCCAAAACAGUGCAGUGAGCCGCUGAAGGAGCUGUACACCCAGCUGACAGAGAAGCUGGAGGCCCAGAAGAAGAGCCCUCCACCACCAGAUGAAACUCCAUCCCUGGACCUGGGGCUUCACCCGGUGACCAUGCCUGCCACCGCCUCCACCCCAACCACGCCUCUCUGAGACGCAGCUGAAACAACGAGGCAAUUCUUAAUCAGUGACUUACUGUAAAUACUUCCAGCUGGUUCAUUAGUUUUUUUAAACACGGAACAUUUGAUAGUUUUGUUUGACGUAUGACUGUUUUUCAUGGAGGUUUAGUUUCUGUAGGUGUUUGUCUUCCAGGUCUGUAGCCCAGUGGCAAACAAUUUUACUCAAAAAAAGUUCUCUUUUCUAAAUUUUGUCAUCUUGCAUCAGUCUCCAGAUAUAUAGUAUUUUCAUAUGUAACUGGCCCGUGUGUGUGUUGUAUUGGAACCCUUCAAUAGUGCAAGAACCCUGUAAAUAAAUGAUUAUUUACAAAUA